GGGGGAUGGAUCUCAGAUCUCUCGACUGGGAGCCCAGAUCAGAGUCGGCUAUUUGCAAGUGGAGAGCCGCGCGAGUCGGACGUGCGAUCGCCCCAGAAAAUUAACGUAAAAUAAAAGUAAAAAGCUAAAUAAAAAACAAAGUGCAUUCGGCUAAUGGAAGUGUUGGUCAAAAGUCAAAGCCAAAGCCGCACGAUAUUUUCAAAACUAAUAUAUAAAUAAUGCAUAAACGUGUUUGGAGUAAUUAGCAAAAACGAUGCUGCUGCUGCUGGCGGCUAUAUGACCCACAUACAGCAAAUCGUUCUAAUUUAUAUUUGAUGUCAAGUGGCCAGAAUACGGAAUUGAAGUGAAGUGGUCGUACGAAAACCCGGAUAUUGUUGGUCCUGGGAUAAUUUGCAUUUAUGCAAAUAGUUCAAUCUGCAGGCGAUUGAGUGGCAAACAAUCCGUGCACGUGCCGAAAGUGUUAAACUGUGCCAAACAUAACCAGCAAACAGCACAGGCAAAAAGCCAAUGAAUAAAUAGCCCUGUUUCGUGUUCGUGUAAUGCGUCUACGAGGUUGACCCGUGUUUUCUGGCCCAAAAUCAAUUACAAUUUAUUGCACGAGCAUGCCAAACAAUUCGCAAUUGCAACCGCAAAAACGCAUCUAACAUAUAUAAAAGAAAAAGAAAACAAUGCACCUCCAAUCACUUAUAACCGCCCCCUGGCUAUGCAAAUUAGCGAUUUCAGCGAUUUUACUAAUUCUCCAGCAGACUGCUUGCGUUGCCCUGCUGCUCAAGUGUCCGCUGCACCAGUUGCAAUUGCAGAAGAUCGUCGGCUUCCGUCCGCCAUUGGAGUAUUUGAAUGAGGGCAACUUGAUCUACGGCCCAGAAAUGGCUAGCAACUUUAAGGAUCGCGAUCGGGAACACGAUUUACCCGUUAGCCAGGUUUGUUGGAGGAUCUGUAACGAAGAUCCCGACUGCAUCGCCUAUGUGCAUUUGUUGGACACGGAUGAGUGUCAUGGUUACUCGUACUUUGAGAGAACCUCACGCUAUCUGGCCAUUUCGGGUGAACUGCCUUUGGUGGCCGACGGCGAGGCCGUGUUCUACGAAAAGACCUGCCUACGAGUUCCCGAUGCGUGCCGUGGGCGUCUAUGGGCGCUGACCAAAAUCCCCGGCAGCACGCUGGUCUUCCAGAGCAAGAAGACCAUUUCGACGCUGGUCACGCGGCGUGAGUGCGCCGAACGUUGCUUCUUUGAAACGCAGUUCAAAUGCCUCUCCGCCUCCUUUGCCCCCUCGUAUAGGAACAAUCGUGAGCGGUUCCGUGGCGAGGUAGGUCCUGGCCAGAGUCCCUCCCCCCGCCUGGGCAGGUGCAUGCUGAGCGAUAGGGACAAGACCAUCCAACCGGACGCUUUUCGGGCUGCUCCGUACGAUGAGGAGUACAUGGAGAACCAGUGCCACGAGCGGGCUGUCGAAAGUGACAACUGUUCCUAUGAGCUGUAUGCCAACAGCAGCUUCAUCUACGCGGAGGCCAGGUAUUUGGGCCUCUCCCAGAAAGAGUGUCAGGCGCUGUGCUCGCACGAGGCUAAGUUCUACUGCCAGGGUGUCUCCUUCUACUAUGUCAACCAGGUUACCCUAUCCGAGUGUCUCCUCCACUCCGAGGAUAUUGUGUCACUGGGUCCUCGAAGCUUAAAGCUCCGUGACAACUCGGUGUAUAUGAGGAGGGUCAAGUGCCUGGAUGUCAGAGUGUUUUGUACUCGCGAUGAGAUGUCCAUCAAGUACAAUCCAAAGGACUGGUUCGCCGGUAAAAUCUAUGCUAGCAUGCACUCCAAAGACUGUCUGGCUCGAGGAUCUGGAAACGGAAGUGUCCUAUUAACACUUCAGAUCGGCAGCGAGGUCAAGGAGAAUCGCUGUGGCAUCCUCCGCGCCUAUGAAAUGACGCAGGCGUACCAAAGAACCUUUAUCUCUGCCCUGGUGGUCAUCCAGAAUAACCCGAACGUGCAGACCCAGGGCGAUAGGCUCAUUAAGGUGGGAUGCAUUCAAAGCAACGCCACCACCUCGUUGGGCGUUGCAGUGCGAGAUAGCAGCGCGGAUGCCUCGGAGCUUGUGCCUAGCGCCAUUGCCCUGGAGUCCUCAUUGGAGUAUGCCGAACACAUGUUUCCUCACGAGGGCGUUGUGCAUUACAACAGCAGCACUGGUCCCCAUCCGCAACCCAGCAUCUCGCUCCAGAUUGUAGAUUUGUCACACCAGCACGAGACCAACGACGUACAGAUUGGCCAGAACCUGGAACUCCAGAUUGUGGCAGAGUACAGCCCGAGCCAGAUAGCGAAGCACAUGGAGUUGCAGUUGGCACCAUUACCGGACUUUCGUGCAACCUCACUGGUGGCCAAGACUGCAGACAAUGAGAACUAUGUGCUGCUGAUCGACGAGCGAGGAUGUCCAACCGAUGCCACCGUGUUUCCCGCUUUGGAAAGGGUUCACUCGAAUACCAAAAGCAUGUUGCGUGCUCGCUUUCAUGCCUUCAAGUUCUCCGGAACCGCCAACGUAAGCUUCGAUGUGAAGAUUCGCUUCUGUGUAGAGCGCUGCUCCCCCAGCAACUGUGUAAGCGCUUCCUGGCAGAGAAGAAGGAGGCAGGCGGUGCCACCAGAGCGAAGACCAGAAGAUCUGCGAGUGCAGAACCCCGUGUACAUAUCCACCGUUGUGGAUGUAGCCCCAGAACAAGGCAAAGGAAACUAUUCUAUUGCGCAAGAGGAACUGCCUCUGAACUACAACAUACGGGUGCAUGGGCCGGAUAAGAGUAACGCCAAUAGCUACAUGUACGGCGAGCGAGGAGUGCUGCUGAUAGCCGGUAUCGACGACCAGCUACAUCUGGAUAAUGUGUGCAUCAACCAGAGCCUGCUGAUUGCACUGUUUAUCUUCUGGCUGAUCUGUCAGGUGGCCUUGCUCUUUGGCUGCGGCAUGGUGCUGCAGCGAUAUCGCCGACUCGCUAAACUUGAAGACGAGCGUCGACGUCUGCACGAGGAAUACCUGGAGGCGAGACGAGUCCAUUGGGCGGACCAGGGCGGAUAUACACUGUAAUUUUCGGCUGGGACGCAAUGCGUACAAAAUGCAUCUUAAUUUAAUUUAAUAAACAUAAACCUACAUGGAUCUUACAAACAAGUGAAA